AUGGAGCGAUUCUCCACCCUGCCAGCCGAGUUGCGCCAGCUGAUCUGGGAGUUUGCCGUUCCAGGGCGAGUCGUUGAGAUUGGAGAACCUUGCGACCCAGAUAUCUUACCAGAGGAAGACCUCAGACAAGCAUGGAUCCUCAACAGGAAGUAUCCAGUCAUUGCUCAUGUCUGUUGGGAAUCUCGCCAGAUUGCUUUAGCCAAAUUCAAGCUCCCCACAGGUGCUUCUGUUGUGCCGGGUUGCAUGACAGACGCUCGGUGGUGGUGGAAGUCUACCGACAUUAUUCACUUCAAUGCCCCUGAGAUUAUCACAGAUGCACAAAGACACAGACUGGAGGAUGACCUGCUCGACUUGAUCAAAGUUCCAAUUCUAUGCAAAAAGGUUUCUAUCAGCGCGGACGUCGUCCACCCUUUUUGCGGUUUCGUCACAUGCAUUAUCUCCCUGCACACCGUCUGUAUCCGGGCUACCAACGAGCAAGCUCGGGAGUUGGGCCUCUUUGGCAACGGUGACGAGCCAACACAGUUGAUCGAUCCGUUUGACACGACAGCCAUCGAGCGAUUCAGAAUACUCUGGAUGAACACAAGACAAGAGGUAUCUUCAGUCAAGUUCUUCAGCACAAUAGAAACCGGAAGGUUCUCUUUUCGAGUCGACAGGUGGCUCGCGGAGAUGUCAGCGGACUACAUCGAUUUCAAAUGGACCAAUCCACCGUUCCCAACACCAGGACCGCAGGCUAUAACUGAAGGACUUCGUCGGUACCCAUUGCAAAGACACGACCCCAGCACCAGACAAUACCUCGUUGAUAUGCCCACUCUGGAAUUGAGGAUCAUGUUUCGACUCUGCCCACCUGCAGUGGUCGAUUCGGUGAUUACGUAA